AUGCUGUCUAAUCUCAUCUAUACUCUCGCAGUAUUCAGUACUGGUUUCAUCUGCGGUAGUAUCCAAGCCCCCUUCCUCCAGCCCCUCUUCGGGAACAGAGUGGCGCAGCUCAUUGAGAUGCCCAUAAUGGCAAUUUCGCUAUGGAAGUCUGCUCAGACAAUAGUGCAGAGACUUCAUGGUCGUCCUGAUGCUGCAUCACCUCCAACAGACAGGCCUGAAGGAACAGAGAAGCAGAGAGACGCCACUUUCAGGCCCUUUAGCAUACUACAGAUGCUGGCUUUGCAGAUAGGAAUUUAUAUUGGGAUGUAUUGGAGACAGGGAAAGACCAUUAAUGAUUUUUUGAAUGAUCGCGAUCCUAUUUCGACGGGGCUGUUCUUUUUAGUGUUUGGUGUCUGCGCAGUGCUUCCUGCGUGGGCUUCUUGGUGA